ACUUCGGGAUUAGACGGAAAACGAAUUAGUUUUAAAAUUAGAAUUGGGGGGGAACCUUUAGGCCAUGCCUGCUCGCUGGCAGGGGUAUGCAGCGUAUUAUUUCCUCACCUUCAUAUAGAAGUAUAUUCAUAACUGGGCUUAUGGAUAUGGAUAUGUAUUUUUUUUAAUUAAGUUAAAACACUUGUGUUUACAUGCGUCGAAAAUACACGCUACGCUUAUGUGCCAUCGCUCCAGUGUGGGUGUUUGUAUAUAGCGAUCCAAAGAAAAAACUCAAACUGAAGUUGUGGCGAUCGCUGAUCGACGAUCCCAAUACCGGAGAGGGACGACAUAAGUCGAACGCAACUCCAGCCUGCCACACGCGCCUCGAUCGGUGGCACAAUAGCCAAGAAAUUAAGCCGCUUUGUGUGUCGUGUCAGGUAGACAAAAGGAUUCUCUCGACGACAAGUUGUCCCUGCCAUAGAUCACAUUAUUUUUUUUUGUUGACACACGUACAAAGAGAGGUGGCCUCUUUAGUGGAUGAUAGGUGGAUGGUCCUCAUCAUACCUAGAUGAGUAGUCACGUCUCGGAUCGGAUCGAUGGAAAGCCAUUCAUCACUAUCGGUAGCCUAUAAUGCACUAAAAAUAAAAAUCGAGUCCAGGUAAGCCUGCAGUCCAGUGAGAACUUUCGCUGCAUCGGUCAUUCGGAAAUCGGCUUAAACGAUGACGGAUCAACUGCUGAGCUCCACCGCCGCUGCCGCCGCCGGCUCGGCUCCGGGAGAUCCCCCUCCGGUCUUGGUGCCCGUGCCAACAUCCACGGGGGGACCAUAUUUAAGCGGCGGCUCGGAGGGUGAGGCUGAGCAUGCGGAGCAGCCCGUCCUCCUCGAAUUGGGUACUUCGCAGUCGGCAGUAAACCUGAACUACACCCUGACCCCCGAUGGCGGGGGGCUGCUGGCCUAUGCUCCGGCUCAUCCGCACAACUACUCGCCCACCCUGAUGGGUGGAUACGAGAAAGAGCCGCCCAACUUGGGCCUGCUGCCACCCAGCUACAGUGUGAUCCCACAGCCAGUGUCGAUGUGGCAUGCUGGUCAAAUGACAACAGCCUCUCCAGCUAGAUUGCUAGAUGAAUCCAAGCCCAGUGAACUGGUCCCGCCACCGAUGUACAUGAGCUACGGAGGCGGCAGCGUGGCCAGUAGUUCCGAAGUGGAAAUCUCGAAGGAGCACAAUCCCGCUUGGCGGGAGAAAGCUCUGCAGAUGGAAAAAGACUACAGGCGAACGGCCUGUGAUCGGGAGAGAACCAGGAUGCGGGACAUGAAUCGGGCAUUUGAUUUGCUGCGCUCCAAGCUGCCCAUUUCGAAGCCCAACGGCAAGAAGUAUUCCAAAAUUGAAAGCUUAAGGAUUGCCAUUAACUAUAUAAACCACCUUCAGGCCAUGCUGCGGGAGAGCUCUACUGGUCAGAAUGGAGCUGGGUGCUGUGCCUGGAGUGGAGGCAGUAGUUCGCCAUAUGACAAUGCCAAUGAUCACUGGGGAGCAUAGAAUUCCAGAUGGUUUCGAGGAAAAUUAAGUUAGUUUACUGAUCCCGUGUAGAUCUCCGACUGAAAAGAAAUAUGUGUAACUAAUCCUUUCAAGAAAGGAUAUUUUAUAAUUAAAAAAUUUCCAAAUUUAAACUUAAUAAAGGUAUGAAA